AUGCAUCUAAGCAUCCUUCGUUUGUUGGCCGUUGGCCUUGCUGGUCUUGAUGUUACGGUUGCGGGCCCUUGCAAGCCUCGUUCUUCGGCAUCUGAAUCCUCUAUUGCGAUAACUGCGACAACUGCGGGAACAUCCAGUUUUACCUUGUCUUCCGACACCUCAGCCACCUUUGCCAGUAUCACAACCGCAGCAGUCACUACUACUGCUGCUGACACAACCACUGAAGCAACCACUGAAGUGACUUCGGCGGUUACUGAAACAGAUACUGCCAGUACCGAGGCAACCACUUCCGGCGAUACAACCACCGAGGCGACUACUUUCGCUACGUCAACCGGAACUACCGAGGCAGCUUCUACUACUGGCGCAGAUACUACAACGGAGACCAUGACCACUUCAGGCACAGUCACUGCUUCAUCCGACAUCACCCAGGCUCCCACCACCACUGAAGAAACAACUACUGCAGCUGCUACCACUACCGCCGUGCCAAUGUUCCGACUACUCGCUGAAAACGGAGCCUACGCAAACCAACCUCUUCUAGCAAAACGGUACCAGUUCACCCCUCUUAUGUUCAGCAGCGCUCAAGGCUACACCGAGGCUUACUUCACCGUCGAUGCCACUACUGGCCACCUGUUGCUCGACGGCCAUUUGCCUGUGUGCGGCUUCCAACCUGGCGAUGGCACCAGUGCAUUCACGGUAUGCAGUGACAAUAUGGGAGGACAAGAACAGUUUCUCACUUGCGAGGCACCUACCAGCAGCCAGUUGGAGUGCACUGUUCCUGAGGUGCAGUGCAGCAUGUUUUCAGGAACUUGUACCAACACUGGCGCUCUCUGGGGCACUACAUAUAUUGGCUCCUCUGGUGGUACUCCUGGUGAUAAAGCAAUCCUCGGCCCUCAAUCCAUGCAAGGAUACACUCCUGUGCCCUUCUUAAUUACGUUUGACUCUGAUUAG